AUGGCAGCGGAAGCUAGCCUUAAGCUGAAGCACUUUUCAGGCGCGCUCCUCGUUGAAGCCGACCAAUUCUUUUCUUGUCGCAAGUCUUCCUGGGAGUGGAGCAACCUGCAGUCUCUCGUACUGACUUCGGAACUGCUGGCCCCUGAAUCGGAACCGAGUGAUAUUGAGCAAAUGCUCAAGGACGCCGCGGCAGCAGCGAUGAGAAUGCCACAACUAGAUACUAUGGAGAUUUGGAACGGAAGAGAGGCAUUGGCCACUCUCUUUAAGUACCAGUCAAGCGGAGGCCAGACGAAUGCAACACUUACCUGGAGAAGCACAUGGGAGCUUCGCUUACCAACCUCCGUGAUCCAGGCUUGGAAAUAUGUCGCACAAAAGCAAGGCGCGCGCGGAUUCACUUUUAUCACGGAGCUCCUUGAUAUCUGUGAGAAACUGGAGUCUCGCGGGGACGCAAUUCACCACCUGCGCCUUUGCACUCCUGUGCUUCGUCCAGUUUCAUUACAGCAGAUACGCACGGAUCACGGCAUUCACAAGACUUGGGAAGAACGGCAAGAAGACUGGAAACACGCUCACUUGCGUAAGCUGAUAGGUAUGGCCGAUCCUAACAACCGCGUACAUCAAGAAGUAUUAGCAGGCUUGCGGGCAAGCCUGAGGUACCGGUACGGUCGGCGGGAAGUGGACUGA